AUGGCAGCAGCAAGAUCGUGCACAACCCCCUGCUGGUCGGACCUCCCGACCGAUCUCCUCGCGAGCAUCGUGCAAUUCCUGGAGCUCCCGGGAGCGCUCGCCUUCGCGUGCGUCUGCACGUCGUGGCGCGCGGCCUCCGGCGACAUCCCACAUCCGCGCACGCCAUGGCUCAUGUCCUGGGAACCAGACCCCCACCCGGCCGGCGGGCGCAGCCGCUCCGCCGUGACCUGCAAGCUCCGCAACCUCCUCGACGUCGACAGGGUUCACAGCCUCACGUUCCCGGCGGGCACCUUCGUCACCUGCUGCGGCGCCUCCAACGGGUGGCUGGUGGUGGUGGACGAGCUCUGCAACCUCUCGCUCCACAACCCCUUCACCUCGCAGACCAUCCCUCUGCCGCCGGUCACCGACUUCCCCUGCGUGACCGCCGUCGUGCCCGACGACCAGGGGAAAAUCAAGGCUUACCGACUCAGCAGGAGCUCGGGCCAGUACAUCGACGCACAGCAGUACGACGCGUACCAUCUGGCCACGUAUUUCUACUGGAAGGCGGAGCUGUCCGGCGACCCGUCCGGAGGCGGCGACUACGCCGUCACGGUCGUCCACUUCGGCGGCAGGUGGAUCUCCCACGUCAGGGCGGGAGACACCCGGUGGCGGGUGCUGGUCGCCAACAGAUUUUGGGUCCACGGCCACCCGGACGCCUACGCCGACUGCGCGUACCACAAGGGGAGCGUCUACGCCGUGACGUACCAGGGGAUCGUCGAGCGAUGGCCCCUCGACGACGCCGGCGCCGGGACACCGUCGGAGAAGCAGGAGGAGGUUGUGCAAGACCGACGGCUGCGCGACGCCGUCCUCAGCAGGCACCUCGUGGUCUCGCCGGGCGGUGGCCGGCUGUGGAUGGUGAGCGCGGUGUGGGAGCCCGGGCGCGCGGAGUACCCGGACGCCGUCAGGUUCACGUUCCGCGUGGUCGAUGAGGAUGACGAUGACGCCAGGGCCGAGGGGGAGCGGGAGUCGGUGCAGGCGCACGCGCUGUUCCUCGGGAUGAACCGGCCGGCGUGGCUGCCCACCGGCACUGGGAGCUUCCCCGGCGUGAGGCCCGGUGUGCGCUACUUCUCCGCGCCAUGGAUGCGUCCAUAG